CCUCACUACUAUCCUGCCAUCAUUAUUUUUAAGGAUCUUUAACAAUGCUUGUGUGGUGUAAAGGGGCCUUAGUGCAAAUGAGAACCAGGUUCUAACAAUCUUGACCUCGGAGGUGUAUCUCCUACACAGUGAUGAUAGAACAACCUACAUACAGACACUUAUGUGAUUAUUCCCUUUUUAUUAAUCACAGAUCUACAGGCUUGACAAUGCAUCUCUGUCAGCCUUUCAAAGCUCUGGUGCUGGCUGUGGCAUUGAUGAUGUCAUCAGGUGUGGAUAUAAAUAAACAUGAUGCAUGCCCAGUCCUUCAAUGUUGUGCUCCUGGAACCAAUGGUUUAUCAGGCAGAGAUGGAAGAGAUGGGAAAGAGGGUCCCAAAGAGGAAAAGGGAGACCAAGGAGCAGGACUGAGGGGUUUGCAGGGUUUCCCUGGAAAGGCAGGACCUCAGGGAACAAAAGGAGAUCAAGGACCACAAGGCGAAAAAGGACAAAAGGGAGAAAGUGCAAGUGAGAAGUCGACUCUCUCUGACUCAGCAUUUGAUGCUCUUCAAAGACAAGUGACUACUUUGGAAAAGAACAUCCAGACUCUUCAAGCUGACGUUAGCAGACACCAAAAGUUUUUUUCUUUGCGGUGGGUCAAGAGUGUUGGUAAGAAAACAUUUAUGUCAACAGGCACAAAAGAUUCUUUUAAAAAUGGAAAAUCCCUGUGUGCAAAAGCUGGAGUUGCACUCGCCUGUCCACACAAUCAUGCUGAGAACACGGCCUUGCAAGAAAUAUUGAAGGAUUCAGAACAAGCGUAUUUAGGGAUGUCUGAUGUGCAAACUGAAGGCAAAUUUCUGUAUCUGAAUGGAGAACCUGUAACUUACACAAACUGGAACACAGGAGAACCAAACGAUAACAAGAACGAAGUCUGUGUUGCAAUAUAUGACAAUGGAAAGUGGAAUGACAUAGUUUGUUCAAAUUCAGAAAUGUUAAUUAUUUGUGAAUUUUAA